AUAUUUUAAUUCAGUUAUAAUUUAAAAUUAAAAAAUAACUGACACUUAUCCGGCUUACAGAUGUUUGUAAUCCGCCGUCGAAAAUUUUAGUGUCAAUUACCUAAGCCGUUAAGAUAUGUCAGCGCAGGGCUCUGACACCACGAGCGAAGCACGUUGUUUUUGUUUAGACUUAUUUUUAAAUACAAUACGAUUUUCUUGUGGUAUAUUUACAAUUUGUUUUAGUUAAUAAAGUUGAAUAGAAUAAAUUAUAUUCUAAAAUGGAUAUUAAUGAUAGUGAAAAUCUUAUAAAAGAAUCAACAUGUACUGAAGAAAAAAGUCAACAGCCUGUAGAGUCUCAGGAAUCAAAGGAUAUCAAUGAGGAUAAAAUAAAGGAAAAAACUAAUGUCACAACAAAAGAAACUAUAGAAAUAUUGCAAGUAGAAUUGAUAACUCCUCGAACUGAUGAAGCUGUUAACACUAACACAUCUAAUGAAACAGAGAACACCAGUCAUGUGGAAGAAUGUAGUGAAAAGAUGCAAACCACACAGGAGCAGGCAACAAAAAUUCAAACUGAAUGUGUUGCCGAAACCAAUUCUACCAGCAAUGAAAUGGACACAAAUGAUGAAACAGAUAAAGCUAUUACUGAAGAAACCACAUCUAAGGAGUCAUCAAAUCAACAACCAACAACAAGUGGUCUUGGUUUAUUAGCUCAAUAUGAUUCCGAUAAUGAAUCUGUGGUAGAAGUUCCAAUUGACGGCUAUCGCAACCAAGUGGUUGAGAUUGAUUCUGAUAGUGAUUCGGAGGACAGUAGUGAUUCGUCAGAUGUUGAGUACCUAAGUGAGUUGCGUAAAACAAUUGAAAAACGUAUGGAAGUUGUCGAUGACGACGACGAAGAUGAAGAGAGCAAUACUGGCAAAAGAAAGAAUACACCAAGAUUAAAAGUAAAAGGUGAAAUGUUGUUAGAAGAUUUACCACCCAUACAAGAUUUGCAAAUAACAGUGCCCGAAGAUGAAUGCAUAGAGUUUGGCAAAAUUCACUCAGUUGUUGAUCAGUUGCUUUUGGUUAGUGCUUUGCCCAAUUCUAUUCUCUUAGAUUUGGGUACAGUAAUAUUUUUGGAAAAGGGACAAAAAGUUUUGGGUGAAGUCUUCGAUGUUUUGGGACAAGUGGCAGAUCCUUUAUAUUGUGUGCGUUUUAACUCAAAUAAACAAAUUAAAGAAAAACAAAUUAACGUAGGUGAUGUAGUGUAUGUGGCUCCUAAAACCCAAUACACACAGUAUGUGAUAUUAUCCAAUUUAAUGAAAAUAAAAGGUUCUGAUGCCUCAUGGGAAAAUGAUGUAGAACCUCCACCAAGAUUUUUAGAUUACUCAGACGAUGAACAAGAACAAUUGGCUAGACGUCAAUUACGCAACAAAGACAGACCUGUGGAUAAUGAUGAUCCAACCAAAAAACCCAGAACUAUGGAAGAUGAAGAUGCUAACACAAAUAGGUAUCAACAGUCAAAUAACUCGCAAAGGGGUCGCUACAAUGAGCAAAGAAAUAAUAAUAGAGGUGGUGGUGGAAGACCACGCUAUAAUGCGCCACCUCACCACAAUCAACAAAGAGCUCCUAAUCCCAAUCAUCAUCGCAGCUCCUGGCAUUCUAAUUACUAUCCACAAUCUUAUCCACAUCAACCAUCUACUGCUAAUUAUGGUAUGCCACCAGUUCAUAAUCAGCCACCACCUUCUCAAGCAUAUCCACCACAUGUACCUAUGUAUGGUAUGCCUCCUAUGCAUAACAUGCCAUAUCCGCCACCAACACAACCAGCUCAAUAUGGGGCACCACCCAUGUUACACCAACAUAAUCCUCAAAUAAUACCAAAUACAUUUAGUAUAAGACCUCCUACACUUCACGGACCUCCUCCACCUCAUAUGGCUCACCAUCAACAGUACUCAUCAACACCACCUCCACCGCCCGGAAGUCAAUAAUUAUCUAGGCUUUUUUAAAAACAUACCAUUGAUCUUAAGCAGAUCAAACUAAAUUACAUUACUAGAGUGUAUUAUGAAUUGAACAUUUGAAUCAAUAUGAAUAUAAAUAAAAAAAUCAAUAAUUUUUUUUUGUAAAAAAUUGUAAUGUUUAUAUUUUAUUGUUAU